AUGUCCUCACUUCUCGAAUCCUACAUCGAACGAGGAUACGAUUUUGGCAUGGCCUACGCUUAUUUGCGCUGCUACUGGAACCACUCCAACACCAUUGAAGAUUGGUGGCAUAUGUAUGAGGAGGAUGACCGGAAAAGGCGGAGAAAAGUGAUCGUCGAUAACAAGAUCACCAAGCGGGACAUGCCCCCUCGACGCAUCUGGGAUCUUUAUGCUAAUCGGGUGGUGCCAUACUGGGUUGCGCCUAAAGACUGGCAUGCGAUAUCACAUGCAUGGGUCGAUGUGAAGGAGCGUGUGGAUGUGUGGACGCCGAUCAACGGAUACGAGUGGCCCGUGCCCGUGCCGGAGGAUACCAAUCUUAAACUCAUCCGCACCGAGAUGUUGAACCUUGGAGCAGAGUAUGUGUGGCUGGACGUUCUGUGUUUGCGGCAGGAGUACGCGAUUAGGGAAGCUCACCGUGAGGAGGAUCUGCGUAAGGAGGAUCUGCGCAAGGAGGAGUGGAAGUUGGACGUUCCCACCAUCGGAUAUGUGUACGACAAGAAGCGUAAAGUGGUAUGCUACUUAAGCGGAUUGGGUCGGCCACUGAGCUUCAAAGAGGGUGAUUUUGAGAGUGAUCGAUGUUGGUUCAAUCGGGCAUGGACACUACAGGAGAUUCCAAAUGGCUCUGAUCUGCUCAUUGGUGGUGAUACCAGUGAUGACAGGUUCAUGGAAGAGAAAAUGCAAACGAGGAUCCAUGAAAAGUUGAAAUCACUGCGCAGGGUGCGAUCAUUUGCCACAACAUUUGACAUCAUGUUAUUGAUGCGGAAUCGGGUGUCUACAAAGCCUUUGGAUAAAGUUGCAGGUUUGACAUACCUUUUCAAUGCAGAGUCUAUCCCAAUAUACGAUGGGGCUCAGUCAGAAGAGGAUGCCUGGAUGGCCCUCGUGGAUGUCAUGCAGUCUUCAAAGCGAGCAGAGUUGUUCUUCUACUACCCAGGGCCUGGGAACGGAAACAGAUCUUGGCGGCCAUCAUGGGAGCAGGCAAUGUCAUACACACUUCCAUGGUGUAAUAUGGAACACAAUACCGGGUAUGUUCGUUGGAUAAAGGAGACAGAUUCCGACUGGUACAACGGACCACGUAUUGACACAAUCUAUGUGUAUGGAUUGGCCAACCCAUCCGACAGCCCUCGACAGGGGAAGCUACUCUUUGAGGAGAACACGAGAGGAUCUUGUGCGUGCAAAAUUGUUGCUGACCAUACAUACCCAAUACCCAAUGGCUGGUAUACAAUCAUAAGCAUCAGUGAAGGUUUCACUCUAUCAGAUCGUAUCUGGGUAGUCGGGCAGCUAAGACGUGAUGGAAAGUUUGAGAAAGUGUCGGUGAUCAGUUUGGCAGACAAAGAAGAAAAGUUGAAACAUUGGGGACUCAGAGUUAAAAGACGUGUUCACACAGUUCUAUGUUGAUGUAAUAAAAUUUAUAGUGU